AGCAAUUGUGGCCCUAGAAGUGCAUUAGAAUUCCAAAAAUGACAACCUAGCAAAUCUUGCCACUGGAGGCAAGAUUCAAAUCUCAAACAAGUAAUCAGAGUUGGAGUCAAGCUGCUGCUGAAUUACAAAUACCCUAAUUGGUUACAGGUCUCCAUGUUCACAGCAGAACCCAGAUUCCCUGUACAGAUUUGCUAUCUUCAGAAAAAAUAUUCUUGUUUUCCAUGGCAUACUUCCAGCCUGACUAUUUCCCUGGGUUCAUUGCACCACCACCUCCGCAUCUGCCACCGCCUCAUAGCUAUGUUCACCCACCUCCAUCGUCACCCAGCUCAAAGUCACCGCCAACUCCACCACCUGCACCUCAUUCUGCUGCACCCCCUCCAUCUCAUAUCUUCCCACCUCCAUCACCUCAUGCCUUCCCACCACCGCCACAUCACACAUUCCCACCUCCAUCACCUCAUGUCUACCCCCAACCACCACCUCAUGUCUACCCCCAACCGCCACCUUUCCAUCCCAACAUCCCUCCACCAGCUCCUGCUCACCAUUCAACAGUCAUAAUAGUUGUUUUCGCCUCCUUGGGAGGUCUCUUUUUCCUUGCAUUCCUUUCUCUUGCUCUUUGUUGCUUUAUCAAGAAGAGGAAGAAGCAGGUGGAGAAGUCGGAGAUAAUCAACGUGGAGGAGCACUUCAAAGUCCAGGAGGCUAUAGUGCCCGGGCCUCAUGGCCAGGAAACUGUUGUGUUGUCCAUAGAAGAGGACAUCAAGUUUGAAGAGAAGGUGAAGAAGGAUGAAAAGCUCAGUGAAGCAGAUGAAGGGGCCGUUACCAUCCAUGGAGAGCCCUCUCAUUCCCACAGCUCUGAUCUGCUUCAUAUUAAGCACAAGGCCUGAUGAACCACUUAUUUGUGUGAAGAACAAUAAAUAACCGUUAUUCUUUUUCUUAUUAUCCAUAUUUGCGAUAAACAAGAACAAAGUGUCGCUGUAAACUCCUGCAAGGCAUGGAAUUUGUUUCUAUCUUGUUUGUCAAUUAUUUAAUAAAUAUUUGAACAA